AUGUCCUCCCGAGCGAUUCGCAAGCUGCAGAAGCUGCGCGAACAAGAGUUGCAAGCGGAGCAUGAAAAUGAUCAAUCCAGUGAGGAUGAGCCGGUCAGCCGGUCUUCAAAGCCCAAGCUAAAUGCUUUUGACCUUCUGAACGCCGUCGAGGAUGAGGAAAUUGAGCAAGAGUCUGAGAACGAGGUUCAAGAAGAGACCGUGACUCAGCCGUCCGAAGAUGUGCCACCCCCCACCAAGCCCGCGGAAUCGAGUAAGAAGAAGAAAAAGAAGAACAAAAAGAAGAAGGCGGCGAAGUCUACAGCUACCAGAAGACCUGCUGCCACCAAGUCAGACGAUGAGUUGGACGAAAUCGAUCGAGCGCUGAAGGAGCUGGAAGUGGACUCCAAGCGUUCUGGACAACAUGAAGCUACUGGCGCGGCCGCGGGGCAUGUUCGCGGCGCCUCGUUCCCCAAGACACCGGCGGAGCUUCUUGCGAUAGAACCCAAAUUUCUCAACGCCAUGAACGAAAUGCGAAAGCUGUUUGGGAAUGUUGUGAUGGAGAACUUCGACCAGGAUGGGGAUUCGGGGACGGGCCGCAGACGAGACCGCAAUCAGGAAAUGGUUGAUCUUGGCCGCGCAUUAACCGGCAGGUACAGCCCUGCCAGUAAAGGCCUGAGUCUCGCGGGAACUACGCAGCGGAAGAACGUAUUCAUGCAGGGCAAAGACGAGUGGCCGCGCGCUCCCAGUGGCGGGCUGGGGAUGGAGUUGGUAGAGAAACUCCCUGAUGGAGCCACGAAAUAUCAGAUUGUCCACAACGCCGCAUAUACAGACGUACAGAGACAGUUUGACAUUUGCGUGGAGUCCAUGGAUCCGCAAAGAAUGAUACAUCUCCUGCAAUACAACCCGUACCAUAUCUCCACCCUCCUACAAGUGUCCGAGAUCGCAAAGCAUCAGGGCGACCAUGCCGUGUCAGCCGAUCUUCUCGAGCGAGCCCUUUUCAAUAUGGGGCGCUCGGUUCACUCUUCGUUUGGCAAUCGCUUGAAGGAAGGCCAGUCAAGACUUGAUUUUACGCAUAUGGCAAACCGUGAGCUUUGGCUCGUGGGAUGGAGAUACAUUGCCAAUCUGGGGAUGAAGGGAACGUGGAGAACGGCCUAUGAAUGGGCUAAGCUGCUGCUUAGUUUGAAUGACGACGACCCGUACUGCAUCCGACUGCUGAUCGACCAUUUAGCGCUUCGGGGCCGGGAAUACGCACACUUCAUCGAGCUGUGCACACAGACCAGGUUGAGCGAAGACUGGGCAGACUUACCGAACAUACAAUGUUCAUUGGCACUGGCGUAUCUUCGAUCGAACAAACCGAAGGAAUGUCGGGGGCAGCUGCGUCUUGCGAUGUCACGAUACCCAUGGGUAUUCUGUAGAUUAGCGCAAGAGUUAGAUAUUCAGCCCAUGCCCAAGCGAAUUUGGGGCAAGAUGCCACCGAGUGAUGGCCAUGAAUUACUCACAGAACUCUACGUUGCCCGAGCCAAGGAUUUGUGGAAUACCCCCGAGGCAGUCUCCUUGAUUGUGGAAGUGGCCGACACUCUUUCGGAGAAAGAAGAGCCCAUCGAACCGCCAGAGAUUACUCUGGACAUUGCGCGUCACGUUGUUCUCUCCGAUAUCCCCAGUGUAACAACUCAUCUGCCUGGACGCUUUGUCUCUGGGCGUAUCUCAGCAUCUGAUCCUCUCCCGCCGUACGACUCCGAGGCUUAUCGUCAGCAGUCCGAUCCUACCCCGUCAUACCUGUCACAGAUGCCAGAGGUUGGCCGACCACAAUGGCUACGUGAUCUUCUCGAUCAGUUAAAUAAUGGUGCUCUCCGUUUCCCUCGGUUCCGUGGGGGCGAGGGUGAAGAAAUCCAUGGCGACGACAUUCCACCCCCAGAGGAUACGGAAGGAGUGGACAAUGGAAGUCGACAAACCGUACCUGACGAUCAACCAUCGUUGGAGCAGUGGCUUCUGGGAGAUGGCAUGCAGAUCUUGCAGGCAUUUCUGAACCAGUAUGGAGUCGACCGUGGCAAUUGGGGAGAGGUGGUGGACUAUUCCCCUUUGACAGAGUACCUGGACGCCCUGGAUGCUGUCCAGCCUGAUGACGCCCGCCAACAGCUGCUUCACGGACGCAUUAGGGAGGCUAUGGGUGACAUGGUUGUUGACAUGCUGGAGAAUGAACUGGAGCUUCAGCAGUACGAGGAUGAGGAGAUAUUUGAUUAG